GUUGCCAAUUUGACCGAGUCCGCGAUGACGGGGCCGCGAUCGCUCUUCGCGGGGAUGAAGUUCCAUGUGCAGAAGCGGACGCUGGCGCGGGACAAGGCCGAGGAGCUCAUCAAGGAGCAUGGCGGCGAGGUCGUCGACGAGAACGUCGAGGGGCGCAUCCUCCUCAUGGACAACCAGCGGCUCGAGAAGCAUGCAGACGACCACCUGAAUGUCGACUACAUCUACGAGUGCGUCAAGAAGAAGAUGCUCAUCGACCGCGACCCCUUCAUGGCGCCGGCGGAUUGGGCCGGCGACGACGGCAGCGACAACGACAACGACGAGCCCGAAGCACGCCCGAAGCGAACACGCUCGCCGUACACGCUGCCAGAACAGGCAGCCAUGCUCCAGUUCAAGCGGGACAUGCACCUCAAGCUGAACCAAAGCCACGGGUGCCAUCGCAAGUUUUGGACCCUUGCGGCGUCCAAGAAGGUUACAAACCGUACGAUGGAGAGCAUGCUCGACCAUCACAAGAGAAGACUCAUGCUCAUGACAUUGCCGCAACUGCGCGAAAUCCUUACCCAUUUCAAGGGCUACGCCGGAGAUCUGGAAGGGAGCAACGACGACGAUGACAACGAUGGUGGUGACGCGGCGGCGGCUCGGCCGACAAGAACCCCGUUGCCCGUCGAGCCUGUUAAAGCACCGCGAGAGGCGUUCCGCGGGGAAACACCACGAGCGGUGUCGCGCAAGCAACCCCACCGUACGUCCCGCGAGCGACGCGUACCUCUUGACGAAUCUGAGGGCGAAGAUUUCACCGACAAAGAAGUGCCACCGCCCAUGUUUUCGACGCCCAAGAAGUCGACGCGACUCAAGCGCUCGCAGCGCAGCAGCCACUCGAGCGGCUCCGAGUCCGAUACCGACGUCGUCACGCGACCCAAGAAGCAACGCGUCUCGGCGCGGGCGGUGCUUAGCGACGAGAACAAUCAAGACGAAGAUGAAAAUGCAGAGAAUGACGACGAGGGAGACGACGACGGUGUGGUGCCCGACAGCCAGCAGUCGCACGACAGCGCGGCUACGAUCGAUGACGCGACGCAAACCGAAGAGGCACCGGACGCUGCGGAAGCCCCACCCGCGAGCAAACACGCGGCGAAGAAGAAGAAGGCGGCUGCACCGUCACCUGUGCGUCCCAAGGCAUCGAAGAGUCUUGGCGCCGUUGUGCCGCGGCACAAGCACACGAUGCGGCCCAUCGUAGUACCCGGUGUCGUCGCUAGUCCGCCGGACCUCGCACCGUUUCCGAUGUCUGCGCCGACGACGCCCGCCCAGCUCCGCGCGCUCCGCAAGUUUAUGUUUCUGCACUCGGGCAUGCCAGAUGACGCGAUCGAUCAUGCGCUCUACUCGUCGUGCGGCAACCCCGUCUUGGCGCUGCGCUAUCUUCGAGGCAGCUUGCCGCUGGGCUGCUGGACGCCGGACGAUGACAGCUGGAUUUACGAAAACAUUUCAGUGACGUCCCUGACGCUGGACGUAACGGACGAGGCGCUCACGGCACUCAUCGAGACGGCGCUGCGCUCGGCCAAGCCAACGCGCCCGCACCCGCUCGAGAUGGUCAUCGAGCGUCUUCGCUUUCUGGUGCGAGAGCUCAGUAUGGCGCCGGCCCCGGCAUCGUGAGUCGCCUUGGUGCGUGCAUGCAGCGCCAUCGCCAGAGCAUUCGCCCACGUCCAAAUGCGCGGCGGGCAUCUUUUUGCGACGAGGCGCAGAGGCCGCAAAAGUUGUAUUUUACUAGUUGAAUCGUUUAGCACCCUUUAGCA